UGCGGGACUAAUGAUUCAGGUAAUUCCGAGCAUUGUCAAUUCACAAGUCGAAUGAACAAUGCAUGAGCAAGACCUAAACAUCUAGCAAUCAUCCAAGGAUUGCAUCCAACCGAGCGCAAGGCCCAGGCUUCGACGUCCGUCCAGUCGAGGCUGGCUAAGUUCUUUCUUCUUUCUUGUUCACUUUGACUCUUCUACAUUUCCGAUCUUUACUGUUUUCGGGUUUUCUGGAUCUUCCUUCUUCUGGGGCUGACAAUUCGACCACCGAUAACUUAUCCAGUUUCACCCAACUCACUGCACGGCAGAUGGGGCAACAACAAACAGGGAUUGAACGAAUAUGUUCAACCGACUGCUGGCACUGAGAAUCCGAUUUGUCCUUCCUCCUAUCCCCAUCGUAGGUCCAGAUUCGUGGAAAUCCUUGGAUGAUAAGCCGUUCGCUGGUGGGUGCGGUGCACCCUGCACAAGUACAGGUACAGGCACAGGUACAGGUACAAGGACAGGUACAACUGCCACUUUGACCCCCUCCUUUUCCUGUGGCAUCCAGCAGACCGAUGGAUGUAUCUACACGCAAUGAUCAAUAGCACAGGAAACGGGGAGGCCACAAACACGCUCAUCUCGCCCAGGCCCCAUGAUUG